AGACUUUGAAAGUGGAAUUGUAGAAAAGCGUAAACGGAAAACUUCCUUCCGCGUGGACUUUGUUCUACUACCUUCUAUAGGAGACCAUAGGAAUCCUCCGGUGCCCUCUCCUUCCUCUUCUCCAAAGGCAGGCACCACCACUACCAACCCUCCAACCCUCCCAACGACAGUGACCACAGACCAAUUUUAAUGGCUUUUCGUGUUUUCCUUCCUCUGGCGUUCAUCUUUCUCUUCUCAUUCCCCACCUUCUCUCACGCAUCCCUUCGAGUACCAAAAUGGUUGAACGAAAAUAAAAUAGGUGGAUCGGUUCUUCAAUUCAAGAAUGGUGCUCCUUUCGCCGGUUUUGACCCCACAAGGGUCACCCAACUAUCUUGGCAUCCCAGGGCUUUUUUAUAUGAGGGAUUUCUGUCAGCAGAGGAGUGUGACCACCUCAUUAAUCUGGCGAGAGAUAAGCUGGAGAAAUCGAUGGUCGCGGAUAAUGAUUCGGGGAAGAGUAUCAUGAGCGAAGUGCGGACGAGCUCUGGCAUGUUUCUUAGUAAGGCACAGGAUGAAGUAGUGAAAAGAGUUGAGGCAAGGAUUGCUGCUUGGACCUUCCUUCCUGAAGAAAAUGGGGAGUCGAUGCAAAUUUUGCACUACGAAAAUGGCCAGAAGUAUGAACCACAUUUCGAUUAUUUUCAUGACAAGGCCAAUCAAGCACUUGGAGGCCAUCGAGUUGCAACAGUACUCAUGUACUUAUCUGAUGUUGAGAAGGGUGGGGAGACUGUAUUCCCCAACUCGGAGGGUAAAAUGGUUCAACCUAAGGAUGAUUCCUGGUCUGAAUGUGCAAAAAGUGGUUAUGCAGUGAAACCAAAGAAAGGUGACACAUUGCUGUUCUUCAGCCUUCAUCCUGAUGCAACAACUGAUCCAUUGAGCUUGCAUGGGAGCUGUCCUGUAAUUGAGGGGGAGAAGUGGUCUGCAACAAAAUGGAUUCACGUAAGGUCCUUCGAAUUUACAAAGCACUUUGGAAGUGGAGAUUGUGUUGAUGAAAAUGAGAAUUGCCCCCGAUGGGCUGCAGCUGGGGAGUGUGAUAAGAAUCCAAAAUAUAUGGUGGGCUCUGGAGACUCCAAUGGAUUUUGUAGGAGAAGUUGCAACGUUUGCUAGUCAUAGCGAUUCUUCAUCCUAGAGUUUGUAUGUUGCGUUGGGAUUACUUCCUUACUGUAUAUAACCUCAAUCGUAAGUGGCUGGCAGAUUUAACUUUUUGAUUUGCAAGAUGAGAGCUCUUUCUGCCUAUGAGAACAUAGUCCAUGUAUGAAGUGAUUCCUGAAAUGAAAUAAAAAGUGCCUAUGAUGAAAA